GUGUCCGUGCGCUCGCGCUGUGAGGCUGCAGAGAGAGAGAGGCGCGCACACGCACGCUCGCUCCUUCGAACAAAGAGACCCAUCAACAUCAUCCACCGCGCACCAGCAGAACCCAUUCCUCUUCAGCUCCCGCAAGGCCCAGGCGAGAAAUCACCAUGACUGCAAACGGAACCAGCGACAUGCUCAAGAUCCAAUUCGGCUUGAUCAACUGUGGAAACAAGUAUCUCACGGCGGAAAUGUUUGGGUUCAAAAUCAAUGCAUCCGCGACCAGCAUGAAGAAGAAACAGAUCUGGACGUUGGAGCAGGACGGGGACGACUCGAACACUUUCUACCUGAAGAGCCAUCUGGGAAGGUACAUCGCAGCCGACAAAGACGGGAACGUCACGGGUGAGAGCGAGACGCCCACCGAGGAUGCACGGUUCGUAAUCACUGCACACGAUGAUGGGCGCUGGUCACUGCAGUCCGAGCCGCACAAGCGCUACCUCGGCGGCACCGAAGACCGAAUCACCUGCUUCGCCCAGACCAUCUCCAUCGCGGAAAAAUGGAGCGUGCACAUCGCCAUGCACCCCCAGGUGAACAUCUUCAGCGUCACCCGAAAGCGCUACGCGCACCUGAGCGCAGAGCAGAACGAGAUCGCUAUAGACAGGGAUGUCCCUUGGGGCGUCGACUCUCUCAUCACCUUGGUCUUCCAGGACCAGAGGUACCAUCUGCAGACAUCCGACAACCGCUUUCUCAAGCACGAUGGAAGCCUGUCUCAGAAGCCCGACAAGACCACGGGUUACACGCUGGAGUUCAGGUCUGGGAAGGUUGCCUUCGGAGACUGCACUGGGAAGUACCUGGCUCCCUCUGGUCCCAGUGGAACCAUGAAGUCCGGCAAGAGCUCGAAGGUUGGGAAGGACGAGCUUUUUGUGUUGGAGCAGAGCCACCCUCAAGUGGUGCUCACCGCUGGCAACGAGAGGAAUGUGUCGACUAGGCAAGGCAUGGACCUCUCUGCUAACCAGGAUGAGGAAGGAGAUCAGGAGACUUUCCAGAUGGAAGUCUGUAAGGACACACAGAAGUGUGCCUUCAGGACCUGCACUGGCAAAUAUUGGACUCUCACAGCCAACAGUGGCCUCCAGUGCACCGCCUCGACCAAGUCUGCUAACUGCUACUUUGACAUUGAAUGGCGCGGGAAGAAGAUAACACUUCGUGCCUCCAAUGGAAAAUAUGUGGCUGCCAAAAAGAACGGACAACUGGCUGCUACUAUUGACUCAGCAGGUGAGACCGAGGAGUUCCUGAUGAAACUCAUCAACAGGCCCCUCAUCGUGCUGCGAGGCGAACAUGGAUUCAUCGGAUGCAGGAAGGUGACUGGCACUUUGGAUUCAAACCGUUCUUCCUAUGAUGUCUUUGGGCUGGAGUUCCAUGAUGGAGCUUACAGUUUGCAAGACUCCACAGGGAAGUACUGGAUGGUGGGUAGCGAGUUUAACGUGCUCAGCAGUAGCGACACCCCUGUGGACUUCUUCCUCGAGUUCUGUGACUACAACAAAGUUGCCAUCAAGUCGGGCGAAGGAAAGUACCUGAAGGGAGAUCACGCGGGCGUUCUGAAGGCCAGCGCCGACGAGCUGGACGGCUCCACUAUGUGGGAGUACUGAAGGCACUUAAGUAACCACUGUGGCUUUUUCGUUCCAGUUUCCUUUCCCUCUUCCGUUAAGCAUUUUUAAUGAUUUCAAAUAUGAGUGAGCACAAAGGCAAACGAGCUGAGAGAAACUCGAAGGGUUUAACCUUAUAGUCAAUAUUUCAUUCUGUCUAAAUGCUUCAUAUGGGUGCCACGAAAUAACUGCAGUGUUGGCUAAAACUGGGACUUCUGGGUCUGAAAUGGCAUCUGAAUUAGUGUUGUGUCGUUAAAACAAAUCUCAUUGCAUCUGUCAUUGACUGGCAGUCAAAUCGGUCCACUGUCUGAACGAUUGAGGGAGGUGAGCGUCCGUCCUUGGAUUGUUUGAUGUACCGCGAUUACCAUUUGUCUUUGCACACGUAUGAGCCUCAAACUUAUAAUUUUAUCAAAUGUCAAAGAAACCCUUGUGACUGUUAACUCAUGAUGUAUUGACUUCCCUUGUAUCACUUAUUGCCAGUCAAAAGAACUUCAGCGACCAGAGGACAAUGGCAAUAUUUAAAGAUAAAUGAAUGUUGAUUCUUUUAUUGUUUUCUAGAGUUAAAAUGGAAGCUAUCGGACCUCUGAAGCGGUGACGAGAGCUGCAGUGUUUUGUUGUUUUUGUAUUUGACGUAUGGCAGUGCAUUGAUGUGCUGCUUUAUUACCUGUGCCAUUAGAAUUCGUUUUAAGACUGAAGAGAACUGGAUUGGUACAGUACCGUAUACAGUCCCUCAUCUCAAGAUUAGAGGAAAAACUCCUGGAAUUGUGAAUGGAGGAAAAAGGAAUAUUAAUAUGGAAAUUUGUUUUCUGCAACUUGAACGUGAUUACAUUGUGUGCUGUGUAGCUGCGGGUGUGAUAAUAUCCAGAUGAGGUAUGUUGUUGCAGGUUCAACACAAUAUUUAUAGUAAAUGUAACCACUUUUCCCUCUUGAUCCUGACAAAUCCCAAAGGACCGACGGGUCUGUGUUCACUGGACUCGUGUAAUGGUCCAUUCUGGAAAAGUUGUUUAACUGGAACUAUCAGAAAAUUCUUUGGUUUUCAUUUGUUUUGAUAAGGCGCAGACAUUAUCAUAAACCCUGUUAACACAUCAGAAAAGACCAAAUGGAGGCAUUCACAUUGUCUACGGUGGUGGAUCAUGUGACCACCCUUUGAUGAAACAAAAAAAACCUGAAACCUGUGAUUUAACUGAUUCUUGAUAAGAUUUCAGGUGUGCAUUAUCUGUGCAUUAUUUAUGAAUAGGUUGCAGUUUGACUAUAUAAUCUCAAUAUAUAAGAGUAACUUUAUUCACAUUCAUGAUAAUAGUUUUCAAAUGACUCAAGGGAAUGAUAAUGACUGUGCCUUAUUAGAAAUUCAAUUAUGAGAUUAAACGCAUUCCACAUUUAUGCUUUGUAAGACUUUACAAAUGUCUUUUUAUAUUGUUUUGAUAUUAUGGUUCUUUUUCCUCAUGUGCCGUGGGUACAAACGAAACCGGAAAAUAAAUACCGUUUGAAUAUGAAA